UCCAUUACAACCAUAGGGGUCCGGUUUAAUGUCACUGGUUGGCCCUUUAAACACCGCUACAGAACAGAAAACCAAAACAGUGCAUAUUUCAGACUUUGAUGCUUAAAAAAUGGCCUGGCUGCAGCCGUUCAGCAGCUCGACAACAACCGUCCUAAUUUGCGAAUCGGACUCUGGGAAGAGGAAUUUUGAGUGACUGCAGGCUCGCGCUGAGGCUAACGUUACGCAGCUGUCUGAAACCAAAGCUAACGGCUAUCUACGCUAACUGUAGGGCUCUGCUGGACAUAUGAUCUAGACGCGAAGGAACACGGGGAUAGACCUCUACAUACAGCGAUUACAUAGGGAAGAAAUAUCUUGUAACGGUAAAAUGGACAAAGGAGAAGCAGACCGGCUGAUAGAGAAGGCGAAGCUGUGUUUACGGUCUGGACGGAAAGAUCGGGCGCUGCAGCUGCUAUAUGAAGCUCAGAAUAUUCACCCAAGCACCCGGGCCAGAGUGCUUAUUGACGCCAUAGAAAAGAAUGGAGGCCCUGCUAAUCCAGAGGCAAACCACGUACCCCCUCCAUCAGGCUGGAGAGAUGAAGAUAUUAGAAAUGAUGAGAAAAGUAAUAAUGCAAGUGUUGAUGACAAGAAGAGCUACACUGAGGAUCAACGCCAAGGUGUUCUCAGAAUAAAGAAUUGCAAGGACUUCUAUGAAAUCCUUGGUGUUCCUAAGACUGCAAGUGAUGAAGAUUUGAAGAAGGCUUACAGGAAGUUGGCCCUCAAGUUUCACCCCGACAAGAACUUUGCUCCAGGAGCCACGGAUGCUUUCAAAGCAAUAGGCAAUGCAUACGCAGUGCUGAGCAACCCGGAGAAGAGGCAGCAGUACGAUCAAUACGGAGAUCAAUCCGCACCCUGCAGUGCACCCCAACACUCUAGCCACAGUCGCCAUGGAUACCAUAGGAACUUCCACAGAGAUUUCGAGGCCGACAUAUCCCCAGAGGAACUCUUCAACAUUUUCUUCGGGGGGAGGUUUCCUACAGGAAAUAUUCACGUGUACACAAACCAGGGAGCCUCCUACUCUCAGUUCUAUCAGCCUCGUCGUCGACGUGCUUAUGAGAGGCGCGAGGAGGUGGUGGAGGACAACCAGAGUCAGAACACCUUCACAGCUCUCCUGCAGCUGCUGCCUGUGCUGGUGCUAAUCCUCAUAUCAGUGUUUACUCAGAUGAUGGCCACUAACCCACCCUACAGUCUCUUCUAUAAGCCGGCCAUGGGGCUGGUGGUGUCCAGGGAAACGCAGCACAUGGGUGUACCAUACUAUGUGGAUAAAAGUUUUCAGAAAGAGUACCGCGGAGCUGCACUGGACGAACUAGAGAAAACCAUCGAGAAGGAUUAUAUCGAACAUCUGCAGAACAGCUGCUGGAAAGAAAAACAGCAAAAGUCAGACUUGGCCAGUCUGGGACAGCUGUACCGAGACGAACGGUUAAAGCAGAAGGCAGAGUCGAUGCGGCUUGACCACUGUGAGAAACUGCACCGAUUGGUCGGGCGUCAGAGGGGCAAAUGAGGACUGUCGGAGAGGAGAGCUUGUUUCUUAACGGACUUCACAACAAUGCAUUUUAUCGAAGUGUGUAAUAUAACCAAUCUGGCCACUUUGUAAAGAAAUCUGUUUUUUGGGUACAGCGCAGUCAGUGGGAGAUAACGCCGCUGGAAACAAUGUGCCUUUUCUCCUCUUUGAUGGUAGAAAUAAGAGUUGCAUGUCAGCUGCUAACUGUGGCAGCAGCAUCAAGUGCAAACUCACUGUGGCAGUGUGUUCGAUGUCUCAGAGCCUUUAAACUUUCUUAUAGAAAUGGCAUGACGUACGGGGUCUCCCUUUUUGCAGGCAGUUGUAUGUUCACACAAUGUUUUAUUUAUGCAGGGUUUUUUUAGUUAAUUUAUUUUGUUGACUGUGUUUUUGUCCUGACAGUUUUGUUCUAUUUAUUCAAUAGUUUAUAGAGUGAAUGUUACUGGAGCAGCUUGGCUCAUAUAUUCUCAUCAGUGAUCAAAUCCAGUGACUGUAGAAUUCAGACUGAAGGCAGAGCUUCUGUACUGUGAAACGACAGAGGACCUCUUGUUUAUAAUCAGAACAGACAAAUCAGGCAUAAUUAAUGACUUUAACUUGGAAACUGUGGUUAAUCCGGCAGUUUGACCCCUGGCAUGAGGCAGCAUUUCCUGCAUUAAUGCAGUAAUUAUCACGGGUUUUACCCGCCAAAAACAAGCUUCCUGGUUCCUGCACCACUGCAGGUAGAUUUAUUUACAGCCAUUCAAGAACUAGUGGCUCUGCAAAAGGCACAAAAUUGAAGUUUGAGUGGGAGAGAUGGCUGGUGUGUUUUGAUACAAGAGGAUUUAACUUGACAUUUUGAUUCGAUACAAGGACGGAGUCCACUUAAACCAAAAAGCACUGUUCUCAACCCUGCGUAGUGUUCUUCCAAUGGACCGGGAGGUUGUAGAAAGCUCAGUUCUGACCUGUAUUUAAAAUGCUACCUAGGCUUAAUAGCAUGCAACACCACAUUUUCAUGAACAAUUUUAGAUAGAUAGUUUUUUCAGAAUAGUCAGGGGUGUGAUUUUACCAGAUUUAUCAGGAAUUCCAGAUCAUCCAACAUGAAAAGUUGACCCCCAAGAACUUAAUAAUCCACAAGAGUCUUAGUUGGUGUUUAGCAAGAAUGCAACCUGCCAAUUUUAACAGACAGUGGUGGUUCUUCUUGGUUGUUUGUUCAUGCUGCAAAUGAACUCCAAAGUAUUGUAACAUAUUUGUUAGCCAACAGCUGAUGACACAGUUAUGUUGUGGGAUUAUCGCUUCUCUGUCCAUAUUUUAAAAUGUUUUUUAAGUCCUGCAUCAUUUAAGAUGUUCUCAUGUUCUGUAAGAGACAAAAACAUCAUUUAAAAAUUGAUGUUUAAACCAAACCAUUCUGAUUUAUUCAUAGAAAAUCAGUCAAAUAUAUGUGGACAUGAUGUGAGAAAAUGCAGAAGCCUUAAGCAGGCGUAUGUCCAUAAAUCUGAUUUUACUCCAUUUCCUAUGAUAAAGAGUGAAUUAAGGUUGUUCUCUCAAGAUCUUGAUUUUGGUUUUUGCUUGUUUUUAUGUUGUAAAACUAGCAUUGCUUAUGAGAUUAACAAGUCAAGCUCUAAAGAAAGCAACUAAAAUUGACUAAUUGUUUAUAUUUAACCUUACGUUUUACAGGUAAUCUUAUUGAGACACUGGGUCUCAUUCUCAAGAGAGACGUGCUGCGGACACACAAGUUGCAGACUUGUAGAUCUAUCAAUACAGUACAGUAGUAUUCAAGUAAGAAGCAGGUUAAAUACCAAACACAAACAAUCCAAAGAUGCUUUCUCCAGUUCCCUAAAACACGUCUAAACUCCCCUUGUGGAAAGUUGGGUGGGCGUGCAUCUGUUUAAGGCUGUUGUUAAAAACUUCUCUCAAACUGAGAAUACUACCAGGGUUUUGGGGGUUUGUUUUGUUUCUGUCAGGUCAUUUCUUGAACAGGACACCAUCUUUGACGAUCCGUUAACUUUGAUUUUUCGUACCAAACCUGCAUCAUCCAAACUCCAUCCAGACACUGGUAUUCGUUGCUGUGCACUAGACUGCCAAACUGCCUUAGCUGUUCUCAUCCUUGUGAAUUAUUCAGGUUCAUCUCAAGCACUUUUAAGUUAAUAUUUAAUCCUGUGUUCAAUGUCGUCCAUGUUGCAUGCAGCCUUGUGAGAGAGUGUUUUAUUAGGAACAUGUUUAUUUUAUGCGGAAAACAUCUUCAUGACUCCUGACAUAACAUGAUGAAAAUAUUCAGGUCCUCACUGUCACAAACAUAAAACUCUUAACUGUGAUACACAAAAAUCAGGUUUUGGUAAUCAGUCAAGUGUGGUAGUACACUUCAGAAACACUGCAGAUUCAGUUUUCAGCCAAAAAUAUAAGGAAAUUAAAGAUGUAUCCAGAAAAUG